ACAAAUCGGAAAAAGCCUUGAUACUUCUUACUUCUCUCUUCAAACCAAAUCAUCAACUUCUCAACUUGCUUCCUGAAUUUGCUUUCCUGACAAAUGGAUUACAUAGGCUACAAAUAUGGAAAAUGUCAAAGCACACACUAUACAGUUUUUCCUCAUUUAUGAAAAGAACUUAAAGUAUCGAGAGGCCUCAGAUGAUGAAGAUUCUGACAAGGAAGAUACCCCCGUUGUGGAAUCCUGUAUUCUUGUGGAGACCCUGAUGUUGAGUCUGGAAACGACACCAGUGAUGUUUCUGGAGAAUCUGAAGAAGGAGAGCGCAAGAGAAAGAAGGCCCUACGUACCAAGGAAGCCAAAAAGGCCAAGUUGGCUUUGGAGGCAAACUUGGAGGCAAACUCGGACGAGGACAGCGACCUGUCGAGCGCUUUUUCGGAUUGCAGCCUCGACGAGGAUGACGACGAGUAAAUGGCUAUGGGAAAGAGAAAAGGAGGAGAAAUUCUAGAAAAGAGAGUCGAAAAAUUCAGAUUACAGUGCCUAUAUAUGUGUGUGUUUGUGUAUGUGUUUAAAAAAUGUCUGUGUCUUUCUGUUACCUUCUCUCUUUUUCCAUGUAUCGUACCUUGUCAGCUUUCUUUACUUUCAAAUAAAUCACUUGAUCUCCACAUGCUUUAAUGGCAGCAUCAAGUUUAUCUACAUUUAA